CAAUUCUACAUCCGAAAAUUGAUGGGGUUUAAGUUCCGCAUUGAAUACAAGACGGGCGCAUCGAACCGUGCCGCCGAUGCUCUCUCUCGGCGCGAGGAGGACACUCAUGAACUGGAACUUUUCACUUCUUAUGCUCAACCAAUUCCAAAGCUAUGCACAGCCAUUCGGACGGCCCAACUAGAAUGCCCCAUUCUUCAGCGCCUUCAUGCGGCAGUACGCGUGGGGACUGGGCCACCACACGUCUCCAUUCACGACGGCAUCCUCUACUACAAAUUGCGCAUCUACAUUCCCACAUCCUCCCCAAUCUGUGAGCAACUCCUGCGUGAAUUUCAUAGUACACCUUUGGCGGGACAUCAAGGGGUGGAGCGCACUUUCCGCCGGUUGGCCGCUGUCUUCUACUGGACCAACAUGCGCCGCUCUGUCCGAGACUUUGUGGCCUCUUGUACAGUCUGUCAAGCCACGAAGUACAUUACCCAAAAGCCGGCAGGCCUUGGCAUGUCUCCCUUUCAGGCCCUAUAUGGCCGCGAGCCGCCCAACCUGUUUGCUACAAUGUCCAUUCGGUCCCGCAGCCCGGCGGUUGAAGAGUUGUUACGAGAACGUGCAGAUUUACUACAGGAUUUGAAGACCAAUCUCACAAAGAUGCAACACCGGAUGCGCGACCAAGCUAACCGCCAUCGUCGCGACGUUACCUUUCAGCCGGGUGAUUUGGUUUUACUCAAGCUUCAACCGUAUCGGCAACACUCGGUUGCCCGGCCGGGGUCUCAGAAGCUAUCUCGUCGCUACUAUGGUCCCUUUCCGGUUAUUGAACGAAUCGGGGCCGUGGCCUAUCGUUUGCAACUUCCCGAAGGCUGCCGCAUCCAUGAUGUCGUACAUGUGUCCCUCCUUCGACCGUUCGUCCAGCGCGGCAGUAUGCUUCCCGAACCAUCCCUUCCCGCUGACUUCUACAAGACUCGCCCAAUUUUCACGCCGGUAUCUGCCGUCCGCCGCCGCAUCGUUUUGGUAGAUGGCACUCCCCAAGAGCAAUGGCUGGUGCAGUGGUCGACCGGCUCCACGUCUGAUACCACCUGGGAGCCUGUCCAGGAGCUUCGUCGGCAUUUUCCAGAACUCGCCCUUGAGGACAAGGUCGUUUCCAAGGCGGGGGGAGUUGAUACGGAUACGUUUGUGGAGCACGAGGAGGAUCACGAGUCUGCAGAGGAAACUACGGGGGUCACUCGUCCACGUCGUACUACACGACGACCCAAGCGUUAUGACGACUAUGUUUAAUAUUAUUAUUGUUUCUUAAUUCAUUAAAACAUUUAUUGUAAUUAGAUUUUAUUAGGUCGGCAAAAUAUAAGCUCCUUCAAGGG